CUCCUGAACAACUAUGUAGGUGUAGACCAGAGGAUACUGCAUGGCUAUGCUGUGGUAGCCCUUUUAGUCCAGUCACCUCACCAAGUAUGGAUCCAGCAAAAAGAGCCCGAGACCAUCAAGUCGGUAUACACUUUGGAUUGGACAAACCAGCAGCAGCAGUGGCUCCUCCCCAACAAAGAGAGUCCAGCCUCUGCAUCCAAACUCACCUGUGACUCUGGUCCAGCAACAACUCGCACCAUCAGGGUUGAAACUUGACUGAGCAGCGCAAGAGAAGACCAACUGAAGAACUGAGUUUCAUUGGACACCAUGGCCUCCACUCUCUCUGUGCGCAGCUUCUCAGUACGCCAGCCCUCCUUCUCCAGCAUAUCUGUGAGGGACAGUGGACGCAGCAUUCGCUCCAAACCUCCCCACUCCUCCCUGUCCUCUGUCAGCAACUUGUCCCUGUCCCGCUCCGUGUCAGUGGGCAACGGCCUCAACAUGCUUGGCUCCAGCCUCUCCUUCAACGGCCUCACGGUCGGCGCCAGCGAGAAGGAGACCAUGCAGGGCCUGAAUGACCGGCUGGCCAACUACCUGGACAAGGUGCGCUCGCUGGAGAGGUCCAACACUGAGCUGGAGGUGAAGAUCAAGCAGCUUAUGCUGGAGAGGGCUCCAAAAGGGCAUGACAUCGAUGCGAUGAUGGCUCAGGCACACGCCAUCGGGCAGGAGGUGAGAAAGAAGACGCUGGAGAACGCCCGCAUCAUGCUGGAGAUUGAUAAUGCCAAGCUGGCGGCUGAUGACUUCAGGGUCAAAUGGGAGGCAGAGGCCACCUUGUGCCAGUCGGUAGAAAGAGACUGUCAGGCUCUGAGGAGAGCAAAGUCUGACCACGACCAGAUCAUUGCCACUCUCCGAGGAGACCUGGACAGCCUGAAGGAGGAGCUCUACUUCCUCAAGAAGAAUCACGACGAGGAGAUGAACUCUCUGAAGGGGCGUCUGGCCAAUGAGCAGGUAAACGUGGAGGUGGAUGCAGCUCAGGGUCCUGAUCUGGGGGCCAUCAUGGCUGAGCUGAGGGUCCAGUAUGAAGGCAUCGCUCGCAAGAACAAGGAAGAGGCCGAGGCCUGGUACCUCAAGAAGCUGGAGGCAGUGCAGUCGGAGGUCAAGGAGAGCAACGAGGCGUUGCGCUGUGCCCAAAGUGAGCUCAGUGAGAGACGACGUUUCCUGCAGGCUCUGGAGGUCGAGCUCGACAGUCUUCGCAAGCAGGUGGGUGUGUUGGAGGGAAACCUGGGUGAAACUGGACAUAAGUACUCUGUUGAGAUGGACCGUCUUCAGGCUGCGCUGACCCAGCUGGAGGAUGAACUGUCUCAGCUGCGUUUGGAUAUGCAACGCAACAAGACCGACUACGAACAGCUGCUGCGCAUCAAACAGAACCUGGAGAUGGAGAUCGCCACCUACAGGAGGCUGCUGGAAGGAGAAGAAAUGGUGAAAGAAACACCUCCACCUCCUAAAAAAGACCCUGAUGUGCGGACCAGGAAGAUUGUAAAAGUCGUCACCCAGACGAUGAUCAACGGCAAAGUAGUGGAUGAGUCCAGCGAGGUGGAGCAGAUUGAGGAGCGUAAAAAAUGAGCCCAAAUAUCCGCAGAGUCGUCACUUCUGAAACCCAAAGCUUCUUGUUUUAUGUCUUCGUUAUUUUGUUUCUGUGUUUUAAAGCCUCAAGUUUGCCAAAAAUCUACUGAACUGGAAUUUAAGUUCAACCUUUUCAGUAACAUCAUCGGUUUUUCCCUGACAGAAGAAACUCAUCAGCAUAAUAUAAUAAUAUAAAUGCUUUAAUAGUCUUUUUCAUAACGAAUAUCAAAAUAAACACCUGUCAGAUUGUGCUGGGACUUGGAAAUGUGUCGUUCUGUGGAAUGAAUAGCAGCGUCAUUUGAUUUCAUUUGAAAAUCAAAAGGUCCACUUACUAGCCUUUUCCACAGCUUUCAACCAAAUCUCACAAUCUCCUCAGAGGACAGAGUUUGCCCAGUUGACAUCAAAACAUGAAAUGUUUGGGAGACGCUAGUAAGCAGGUCUGAUGUUAAAAAAUUUUUCCUGUCAAACUGCUGUUUCUAAGAUCAAGAAGGAUCAUUUGAAUUUAAAGGAAGAGUUCAACUAUUUUGGGAAAUACUCUUAUUUGCUUUUUGUUGAGAGUUAGAUGAGAAGAUUCAUACAAUUGUUUAAUAUAUAUCUUCAAUAUGAAGCUACAGCCAGCAGCUGGUUAGCUUAGCUUAGCUUAGCAUAAAGACUGAAAGCAGGGGGACACAUCUAGCAUUGUUCUGCACAAAGGUAAACAAAAAUCUGCCUAUCAGCGCCUCUAAAGCUCAUUAAUUGACGCGUUACAUCUCGUUUGUUUAAUCUGCACAAACAAUUUCCUGUUUUCCGAACUGUCAAACGUUUCCUUUAAUACUCAAGAGAUUUUGGGAAGGUUGCAGUAAAUGUAUUUGGACUUUAUUUCAUUGUAUAACAAUCAUCUCUUGAUCUUUCAUCGGUAUUCACAUAAUAGUUUCACUGUAAAAGUAAUAAUAAUAAUGGGACUGUUGUAAUGUCAUUUUCAUUGUAGAACUAAACAAAU